AUGUCCACGAAAGAGAAGCAAGUGUCCAAGCCACGCCCCCUGUUUGCUGGGGCGAGGGAAGCCCUUCGGAGCUCCCAGUCGCUGAAAGCGAAAACUCUGGUAGUCAGCUGUAUGGCGUUUAUAAUGCCUAUCAGCGCCUCCUCCUACUUCGGAAACAUCCUGAUCUACCUCUACACCUACUACCACGCUCAUCAGUCGGACAUCUACAUAGACUCGUUGUGGAUCCUCACCACGUACAGGGUACUGGUGCCUCUUGGAAUGCUCACCUCAAGCUUUGUGGGCAGAUCCAUUGGCAACUUUCGUGCUGUGGCCUUGUUUGUUACAUUGAAAGUUACUGGUGCGUUUAUAAGUUUCUAUACCAUUGUAAAUCCGAUUGCUCUGCUGGUGACAUUUGGUGCUCUGCAAGGAUUCUGCGCUGGAUGUUUAUAUAAUUUAAGCUGGAAAAUAUGCGACAGUGGCAUUGGCACUCACUCAGCGUUAUCUAAGGGCGUUAUGGCUUCCGGGAGUAGUCUCGGUGCCCUCGUCAUUACAGGGUUGUCGUUCCUGGUUGUGAAUCCGCACAACGAGCCGAGUGACGCGAGCGACGGGGGGAUGAGGUACUUCACCAACCCAGCCAUCGUGGAGCGAGUGCCCUACUUCUUCAUAAUGUUGGGUGCCUUCGGCAGUUUCAUUCUCUAUGGUGGUCUAGCGCUGUUAUAUAUUUCUCAACGAAUAAAGCCCGCGGAAUCGGUGAAUGAAGGUGGAGUAGAAGGAAAAGAAGAAAAAGAAACACUCCACAUUGCAAAUGGGGAAGAGGAAGACACCCUUUCCCAAUCUGAUUCAGAAUUGACGAAUUGCAAUAAAAGAGCAAGGGACAAACCCGAAUAUGGGACACUGGAAAGAAAAAAUGGCUGUCACUCCCAGCCCUCGACAAUACAACGUGGGAGCGACGAGAGGUCAGGGGUCAGCAGAAGAGUUCCACAACCCCAGAACGAAAGUAAAACGCCAGUGCUGCAACACGGACAAAGGAAGGACUCAGAACCCACAGGAAAUGGCUGUCAUAAGUCAAAUGCUUCUACUUACGGGCUUUCCCCGAAUGAAGUACUGAGGACUCAAUCCUUCUGGGUCUUAUGGAUUCUUCAUUUCCUCUUGAGUAUCACCAUGUUCAUUCACUCAAGCCUGUUCAAAGAAUUUGGGGAAAGCUACCUUCACAACGACGCCCUGCUUACCAUCACUGGUGUUUUGGGUCUCUUUUCGAUGAUGAUUACGCGACCUUUUAACGGGAUUUUUGUGGAUAGGAUGGGCUCCAGGGCAGGCCUUCUUCUAACUGGCGGCCUCUCGGCGAUCUUCAUCAACCUAAUGAUGGUGAGCCUGUACAUAUACCCGCCAAUGUACGUGCUCUGGGUGGUGUGCGCGUUCUCGAGCGUGACCACGGUGUACACCCAGUUCCACUACUCCGUGCGAGAGAUGUACGGGCCGGCCUACUACAGCACAAACGUCGCUCUCGUCUUCACGGCCUCUAUUCCUGUAUCUAUACUCCUGCCGGCCAUCGUGCCCUACCUCGUGGCCACACUAGGGUGGAUGUACAUGUUUCUCAUUGCUGCAGCUUGCGCCUUUGUCUCCUUUGCCUUGUCGUGGACAAUGCCUGCAAGAGGAAUGGUCAAACUUUAA